AUGUUUAUGACGUGUUGUGGUGGCCAUGUUGAGGGAAAGUGAAGGGUCUCACAGAUUUCAGUGACACACGCAGCAGCCUCGCAAUCGCUACACCUGCGGAGACUCAAACAACGUAGCGCAAACCUCACUGAAUAUGUUAAACAUGUGGAAAGUGAGAGAACUUACUGAAAAAGUCACCAACAUGGUGAUGAACUACACAGAGGUGGAGGCCAAAGUUCGAGAAGCCACCAAUGAUGAAGCAUGGGGGCCAACAGGUCCUCAGAUGCAAGAACUAGCACAGUCUACAUUCUACUAUGAACAGUUUCCUGAAGUGAUGGGAAUGUUGUGGAAAAGGAUGUUACAAGACAAUCGUGCAGCCUGGCGCCGCACAUACAAGUCUCUCCUCUUGCUCAACUAUUUGGUCCGCAAUGGCUCUGAGAGAGUAGUCACAUCUGCCAGAGAACACAUCUAUGACUUGAGAACUUUAGAGAAUUUCAAAUAUAUGGACGAACAUGGAAAGGAUCAAGGGCUUAAUAUCAGGGUAAAAGCAAAGGACUUGAUUGAUUUCAUACAGGAUGACAAUAGAUUACGAGAAGAACGUAAAAAAGCCAAGAAAAACAAAGACAAAUAUGUUGGUGUCUCCUCAGAGUCUAUGGGUUUCCGAGGCUCCAGUCACAGUGAGUGGGACAAUUGGGGAAACAGCAGAAGAAAAGAAGAUUCUGAUUUUGGAACUCGUUUUGAAGACUCUCCAAACAUCAGGUAUGUCUGUUAAUAUGUAGGCUUUGGUCUUCAUAAUGGCUGAGAAAAACUGC